AUGGGCUCACAACCAAAAAAUAUGUAUGAUGGGCAGUUUAAUAACAUUCUGAAUUUUCGUGAUGUUGGUAAAACCAUCAACGAUUUCUUGGGGCGAAAACUUAUUAAAGAAGGACGAAUAUAUCGCUCUGCAAGGCCAGAUGAUGCUACGAUGGCAGACAGGCAGCGGAUUAAAGAUCAUUAUGGUAUCAAAACCAUAUUAGACCUGCGAACAGUAACAGAACAUGAUAAGCAAGCAAAGAAGCGGGUAGCAGAUAUGAGAGAACCUGUUCUCACAGAGUCAAACAGUGCAUUGAAUGAAUCGGUGAAGAUACCAGGAAUCAAGUAUCUCGAGAUUAAUGUGAAUGGGAAAGGGUUUGAGAGGAGUUUAGUAUGGCAAUUAUCGCCUUAUAGUAUCAUAAAAUUGAUCGGUCUGAUGGGUUUGGGAUACCGUUUGGAGGCCAUCGGGAUUCUAGGGCGACAGGUUUUGCAACCCAGAGGACUUAUAGGAUUGGGAUACGAUACGAUACAUCAUUGUGGUCUAGAACUUGCUUCAGUUCUCAGGACUUACUGCUCUCCGGAAAAUUAUCCAAUUCUUGCCCAUUGUACCCAAGGAAAAGACCGCACUGGACUUACCAUCGCCUUGAUUCUAUUCAUCCUCGAGGUACCCAUAGAAGCCAUAUCACAUGAUUAUCUCAUGAGUGAAGAGAAAUUACUUCCUGAAAGAGAGAGUCGAUUGAAGGAAAUCCAUGAGAUUGGUCUGAGUGAUGAUUUUGCUGGAUGUCCUGUAGAUUUCAUCGAGAAGAUCUAUGAGUAUCUGGAGAACACUUAUGGUGGUGUUGGGGAUUAUUUGACGACGAUUGGUUUCACGAAGGAUGAACGAACGGCUCUCGCAAAAGAACUAAAGCCAUAG